AUGUUCCGACUAACGAAGACUGUGCUCCAGAAACUUCGACAUGUUCGGUUUAAUGGACAACAGCAAGCAUGGAGACUGGAGAGCUCAUCUGCAAGAGAAAGAGCUCUGGAGUACCAGCCUGGGCAGAAAAUCCACGGCUUCACUGUCAGAGAGGUUGCAGCCGUCCCUGACCUUUGUCUCACAGCUGUUAAGUUAAGCCACGAUAAAACUGGAGCUCAGUACCUGCACGCAGCCCGAGAUGACUCAAACAACCUCUUCAGUGUCCAGUUUAGAACAACCCCCAGGGACAGCACAGGGGUCCCCCACAUUCUGGAGCACACGGUGCUGUGUGGAUCUGAAAAGUAUCCCUGCAGGGAUCCCUUCUUUAAGAUGCUCAACCGCUCCCUCUCCACCUUCAUGAAUGCCUUCACAGCCAGUGACUACACUAUGUAUCCAUUCUCCACACAAAAUGGGAAGGACUUCCAGAAUCUUCUUUCAGUCUAUCUGGAUGCAGUUUUUUUCCCUUGUCUAAGGGAGCAAGAUUUCUGGCAGGAAGGAUGGAGGCUGGAGAAUGAAGAUCCUAAAGAUCCCAAAUCCCCUCUGAUCUUUAAAGGAGUGGUGUUCAAUGAGAUGAAAGGAGCCUUUUCAGACAAUGAGCGUCUUUACGCGCAGCACCUCCAAAACAAACUGUAUCCUGAUCACACCUACUCUGUGGUGUCGGGGGGUGAACCGCUGGCCAUUCCAGACCUGACCUGGGAGCAGCUCAAGCAGUUUCAUGCCACACACUACCAUCCAAGCAAUGCUAGGUUCUUCACUUAUGGGGAUUUACCAUUGGAAAAUCACCUGAAGCAGAUCCAAGAACAGGCUUUGUGCAAGUUUGAUCGCAUCAAUCCGAACACAGAAGUCCCAUCUCAGCCUCACUGGACUAGUCCUAGAGAAGACCAUGUGACCUGCGGCCCUGAUGCUUUGGCUCCAGAUCCAACUAAGCAGAAUACCCUGUGUAUGAGCUACCUGCUGGGAGACAUCACAGAUGCAUUUGAAGGAUUUACUCUCAGCUUGCUGUCGUCGCUUAUGGUCUCUGGGCCAAACUCGCCGUUUUACAAAUCGCUCAUCGAACCCAAGAUUGGAAGCGACUUCUCUUCUGUUGUUGGAUAUGAUGGGAGCACCAAAGAGGCCUCCUUCAGCAUCGGCCUGCAGGGGAUGGCUGAGCAGGACACUGAGAGGGUCAAACAAAUCAUCAGCCAAACUAUUGAUGACAUCAUAGAGAACGGCUUUGAGGAUGAGAGGAUUGAGGCGCUCCUUCAUAAGAUUGAGAUCCAGAUGAAACAUCAGUCCACAAACUUUGGCCUUUCUCUGGCCUCUUAUAUAGCUUCUUCCUGGAACCAUGAUGGAGACCCUGUAGAGCUUCUCCGAAUCAGUGACAGCGUAGCAAAGUUCAGACGUGCUCUGAAAGAAAAUCCUCGCUUCCUUCAGGACAAAGUCAGAUAUUACUUUAAGGAGAACACACAUCGAUUGACCCUGGGGAUGAGUCCUGAUGAGGCAUACCUGGAAAAGCAAGCCAAGGCUGAGGAGCAGAAGCUUCAGGAGAAGAUCUCUGCUCUGACUGAAAGCGAUAGAAAGGAAAUUUAUGAGAAGGGUCUGGAGUUGCUGGAAACUCAGAGUAAAACUCAGGAUGCCUCAUGUCUACCUGCCCUCAAAGUGUCUGACAUCCAACCAACGAUACCCAUUACUGCUGUUCAGAUGGGCACUGCAGGACACGUCCCGGUUCAGUACUGUGAGCAGCCCACAAAUGGUUUGGUGUACUUCAGAGCCAUGUGCAGUCUAAACACCCUACCGGAGGACCUGAGGGUUUAUGUCCCGCUCUUCUGCAGCAUUAUCACCAAGAUGGGCUGUGGAGCUCUGGAUUACAGGCAACAGGCCCAGCAGAUGGAACUGAGGACAGGGGGGAUGUCUGUUUCCACUCAGGUCAUUCCUGACUCCAACCAGAUGGACACAUUUGAACAGGGGGUCCUUUUGUUCUCUUCUUGCCUGGAAAGAAACCUACCUCAUAUGUUUCAGCUUUGGGGCGAUAUAUUUAACAGCCCUCAUCUUGACAAUGAAGAACGCCUUAGGGUGCUGGUGAUGAUGGCAGCGCAGGAGUUAGCAAAUGGCAUAUCCUACUCUGGUCACAUGUACGCCAUGACCAGAGCAAGCCGACACCUGACUCCAGCUGGAGAACUCCAGGAGACCUUUGGUGGGAUGGAACAGGUGAAGUUUAUGAAGAGGAUAGCUGAGAUGCCCGAUCUCAGUCAAGUCAUCCGAACAUUACCCAGGAUCAAAAAACACCUUCUGAACCCAGAGAACAUGAGGUGUUCCAUCAAUGCUACACCGCAGAAAAUAUCAGAUUCAGCAACACAGUUGGAGAGUUUUAUUAAAGAUGUGGCUGAAAACAGAAAAGAACGCAAGACUGUUAGAACAAAUAUUAUUAAGAAACCUCUUGACCCUCUGCAAGAUUCUGGUCCAAGUAGAAAACUGAUAACAGAGCCACACUUCCAACCAUGUCAGAUGAAGACGUUCUUCCAGAUGCCCUUCCCUGUUAAUUUUGUCAGUGAGAGUAUUCGCACCGUCCCAUUCUGCCACCAGGAUUUUGCCAGUUUGAGCAUCUUGGCAAGAAUGAUGACGGCAAAAUUUCUCCACGGAGAAAUUCGGGAGAAGGGUGGAGCCUAUGGAGGCGGAGCCAGAAUGGGAGGAAGUGGCGUGUUUUCCUUUUACUCUUACAGGGAUCCAAACUCUGUGCAGACAUUAUCUGCUUUUCGAAAAGGUGUCGACUGGGCAAAAUCUGGACAGUUCUCUCAGCAGGACAUUGAUGAAGCUAAGCUUUCUGUGUUCUCAGCUGUGGAUUCACCUGUGGCCCCUGCAGACAAAGGAGCGAGUCGUUUUCUCAGUGGGAUCACAGAUGAAAUGAAGCAGAGUUACAGAGAAAGACUCUUUGCUGUGGAUCAUAAAAGCCUGGUGGAUGUGGCUGAAAGGCACCUCAGUGUUGGUCAGAGCACAUGUGGAGUUGCUAUCCUGGGUCCAGAGAAUCACACUAUCAAGAAAGAUCCUACAUGGGUAUUAAAAUAAUACACGUCCCACAUGUGGACACAUACCUUGAAUGGAUUUUAUACUGAAAAAAACAAACUAAAAUUUGAGAAUUGAUCUCAAGAGAAGCUGAAACGCACAAACAGGAACGGGAAAUUGAUUGAUCAUUUUAAACAUGCAGAAAAAAAUCUUUGUAUAUUCUGUUGGAAAUUACCUGUUACAUCUGUAGUGUUGUCUUGUUAAAGUAGAAUCAUUGCCCACUCUUUUGUCAUUAAAUCAUCUUUCAUUUAA